AUUUGUCCCUUGACCAUGCUGCACCUACUUCCCUCGUCUGGAUUUGUCCCUGGAUGCUUUUCUCAGACCUCCCCCCCGCCUUGUCGUCGCGCUGCCUGGGUGCGCUCGUUGUUUGCCUCACCUCGCUCGUGUCGCAGACUCCGAGCGCGACCUAGUGCCGCCCCAUAAGUCGACGCGUUAAUAUCCCAUCCCCUAAUUGCAUUCCAUCCAUUCCGAGUUUGCUCUUUGGUUCCUAUCGGGAUCAUGGGCCUUGUGCAUCGAUUUGUGUCGAUCGCAUGUUGACCGUCCAGCCUGCUGUGUGCCAUAAUUUCUGACAGCUCUCCUCAACCUGCAGAUGGGUUGGUAAAACCACACGACAUGAAUGCCUGGCUAGCCGACGGCUCGAAUCUUCCCAGCCAUGAUAAUGGUGCUUUCCACCAGGCGACCAUUGAUCCUUCAACAGCAUUCCUCCAUGCAUCCCCCACUCCCGACCCUAACCAGUUCCAACGCAUGUUUAACGGCGUGCCGCGAAAUGUCUCUCCCGGCUUCCACAACCCUAACCAGGUGAUUCCGUCCAAACGGCCUCGGCCGGAGGAUGGCAUCGCCAUGUCCCCUAGACAGGCACCGGGCGGGAUUGCUGCGUCGCGAUCGCAAACACCCCACCAGGUCCCUUUCCCAGGAUAUCAAGGACCGGCGAAUGGGACACCGCAGUUUGCUCCGCAUAUGAGCCAGUAUCAACACCUGCCGCAAGGAGCCACUCCAAAUGUGACGCAAUCUCCGAUCAUGCAGGAAUUUGAUCAACACGGCGUGCAGAGAAUGGGAACGGCAUCCCCAAGCCCUUUUUCGCCCGCAGGUCCUCAUGUUGGUGCGCAAAUGUCGCCGUCGCAACCGGACCACCCGAGCAGGGUGAAUACCCCGCAGAACAAUUCCUUCAUGCCUGGUCAGCCAUUCCCUCAGGGCAUGGGGCCGCAAUUUUCGCCGGCAACCGCCAUGUCGUCCGCGGCGGUCCAAGCACCGAUGCAAGCGCAAUUCGGUGGCAUGCCCCAGGGAUACCAGCAGGCCAUGGCUGCUCAGCAGCAGCAACAGCGAAUACAUGCCAUGCAAAUGCAAAAUCAAGGCCGGCCGAUGAACAUGAACCCAGCGAUGGCCGGGCGCCCCGUUGCAGCGGGGAUGAACGCCAUGGCGAACCCCCAGCAGAUGGCGGCCAUUAGGCAGAUGCAGCAAAACAUGGCGAAACCCCCCAAUCCCGAAGGAUUCAUGAGAUCGUUGCAGAAGUUCAUGAUGUCGCGGAAUAUGCCUCUCGACCUCAACCCGGUCGUAAGCGGUCGCCCAAUCAAUCUGGUCCAGCUCUACGCCACGGUCAUGAAAUUGGGUGGAUCUAAGAAGAUAUCGGCAACCAACAUGUGGUCGGUGAUCGCUCAACAGCUUAAUUUCCCGCCGAUGCAAUUUCCGAUGGCUGUGCAAGAAAUUCGCGAUCAUUACCAGCGAAAUCUGGCUGCUUACGAGCAGGCGUUUCUCAAUACACAGCAGAAACAGUUCGCAGAUCAGAUGCAGCAGCAGACGUCACUUCCUCGCCCGGCCCCCGAUCAACCCGGGAUGCAGUUCCAGUCGCCGGCUGUCAAGCCUCCGCAAGCGUUUGAGACUCCCCAGCAGAUGGGCCAUCCCUCUCCUAGUACCGCGUCGGUAUCCAGCAGUGUUCAAAACAAUGCCUCGAACGGCUUCGCAACCCCGACACCGGUCAAAGGGCCGGUCAAACAACAGCAUCAACAUCGACUGAGUGUUUCCCGCCAGUCCCAACCGCCAGCAACGCCACACGACCCUACUGGACAGGUACCGGCACAAUCACCUGCGCAAUCAGGGAAGGGCCCUGUAUCCGUACCCGGCAAACCUGCCGAACAGUUUGAGCAGCCUUCCAAUAUGCCUCUCAAGCAACCCAUCGAGGAUCCCUUCAAGCCUAUGGUCCUGUCGGAGAACAAUCAACAUGGUCCGAUUGUCGUGGAUGAUAUGUAUCAACUUGGAGAAGAUAUUUCCAGGCUAAAACCCAACGUUCCCACGUUUGCCGAACUUGGUGUAAUUGAUAUUCAUGCACUCACGAUGAGUAUCAAAUCUGGAAUGCAUGCGGAGAUGCGCAUGGCACUAGAUACUCUGGCAUCCAUCUCUUGUGAGCCGGCAAUUCAGAUCUCGCUGGACAAUUGCGAGGAUUUGGUGGAAAGCUUGAUCGAAUGUGCCGAAGACCAGGCUGAGUUUCUCGCUGAACACGCGGCGGAAGUCUCAGACAUGAUGCUUCUUCCAUCCUAUGAAGAAAUCACCCGUGGGUGUCAAUCAGAGUGGACAUCCCUGGCGGAUACUCCUGAAUUUGGAAGCCUUGAAUAUGAGCUAGACCGGGCCGUGGAUAGACUUAUUUGCAUUACGACCAUUCUGCGCAACUUUUCAUUUACCGAAUCCAACUUUGGAAUCCUCUCAACACCUCCCGUCAUCCAGUUUAUUUCCACCAUCAUCCGCUAUCUGGGAACCCGAAACAUGCUCCUGCGAACUCACCAAAACACGCUGGACUUUAUGAAGGACACCGUGAUUUACCUCAGUAACCUGGCCCACACGGUUCAAUUACCGAGCAAGGAGGAGGCGCUCUGCCUCCUACACUUCCUUCUAUCCUUCGCGCCAUUCCCAGGCCCGACACUGGGGCCAGAGGGUGUCAUGUUCACGGCUUAUAACCCAUCAAUUCACAAAUAUACCCCGGCUGCAGUGGAUAGUUUGGCAAAACUACUGGCCCGAGAUGAACCCAAUCGAACCUUCUUCAGAACGAUUUUCGUCGGCGAUGGCAGUGGAAGCCCUCAAUUGGAACUGCUCACACGGUCGUUUGCGCUUGCCAUUUGCCCAGUUCCCGACCAGCCUCGGAAGCCGCUCGCCAUAGCAGAUGCUCGCAAAGUGUUCCUCAUGCAGGGGCUUCUGGCCGCGGAUAUUCUCAGCGGGUUCGCGGAUGGAACCCUCGCCAAAGCAUGGCUUGAAUCCAUUGAUGGGUUUGCCAUACAUCUGCUGCGACUAUCUUGCUUAUUGAGUACGGAACGUGUUCCGCCCACCCAAACCAAUACCCGACAGUCCCAUGCCGCCAGGGGACAAGCCGAAGCCGAAGCCUCCGCCUAUGGCUCGAUCAUCAACCGUGGCUUGGCUAUUCUACGGCGACUAGCCGAGAAGUCAAUAUACGUUGACACAAACUGCGCAUUGCGAUUCCCGUCUGGAAUCAUCCCCAAGAAAGAAAGCUUACUCGGGGCCUUGCUAAUGCCAAAUGUGGACCCUGGCGUUGUUCGGCAGCUAAUAACAUAUGCGCGGUUGGCGGAGUGA